AUGGACAGCGAUGUACCAGCUAUGGGUUUCAUAUAUGGUGCUUUUUUGGAUGCAAAGAAGGAGAUUGCAGCUAGAUUUGACAAUGAGGAGGCUAGUAUCCAGGAAGUGCUACACAUUAUUGAUAAGAGAUGGGACAACAAAUUGAAGGGGCCCCUACAUAGGUCCGGAUACUUCUUAAACCCAUACUACUACUAUGAAAACAAGCUGGAGAUUGAGUUGGAUGGAACAUUUAAAGAUGGCCUUGUUGUUUGCAUGGAGAAGAUGGUUAGAGGUGGUAAGAAGGAAGAUAUAAUGACAGUUGAGUGUCAGGCAUAUCAAAAUGAAGAGGGGUCGUUUGGAAGGGACAGUGCUAAAAGGCAGCGGAGAAACAAGAACUUUGAUCCAGCUGAAUGGUGGUCCAAUGAUGGAUCAAGUGCACCAAAUCUCAGGGUACUGGCUAUGCGGAUUUUGAGCUUGACAUGCAGCUCAUCAGCUUGUGAGAGAAACUUCAGUGUUUUUCAGCAGGUUCAAGGCAGCAAAAGGCGCAACAGGCUACUUCAUGACAAAAUGAGAGAUCUUGUCUUCAUUAAGGCCAACUCCCAACUUGAACAAAAGAGAAUGAACAAAGACAAGGAUCCACUUGUGGACAGAACACGUGCAGAUGUUGUGGAAGAUGAAGAUAACGAGUGGAUCACAGGAAUUGUGCCGGUUCCAGUUGUGGAUACUGCAGAUGAACCUGAAGAAGAACCAAUACCACAACCGAGAGCAAGAGUUGUUGCAUCAAAAAGAAAUAAAGCUCGUCAGCCUAGGAAGAAGUUGCUCCCAGUUUUUCGUGAUGAUGAGCUGCAAUCUGUGGGUUCUUCUGAUUCGGAUGAUGAUGCCAUGGCAGCAAGUUCAUCUGAUUCUGAUUGA